UGAAACCGCCAUGCAUUAUUGAAUUCGAUACACUUCACUGGAUAAUCAACUAGCAUCUAUAACUGUACUGGUUCCCGAAAAUCAUCGGAGUCCUUACAGUUUCGAUAGAACAAAAGACAGGACUCGGUGAUGGGGUUUUGGGAUUUUAUAGUUGUUUAAAUUGUCUUCUGUGUUUAAAUUCAAUGGAGUUAUUUUGGUCUAUGAGUGAUUGUCUAAAAGCAGGCAUUUAUUUGUAUGAUAAAGCUUUUGGACUAAUUGAAGAUUCAUAUAUCGUAGUAGCUUCUGAGAAUGUUUGACAGCUUUAGAGGAGACUUUGGAUACAGCUAUUAUGGCGAAAGAAGGACUUCCGCCACAAUUGACAUUCCAUUGGUUGUUGUUGUGUAUACUUGUGUUUUGAUCUCUAUAGCAACUAUCGUAGCAGCUGCUGGUAUAAGAGGAAAAGGGCGUUGGUACACAUUAAUCAGAGUUGUUUAUAGUUUGGCAGUAGGAUCAACUUUGUUGCUUUGUUUGUUUGGUGAUUGUUGGGUGGAUGGAAUCGACAAAAAAGUAAAUGUUCCAUAUAUUUACCGUUCUGAUGCAGAAAUAACUGGACAAGUCGGCCUGAAUAUUGGACUCCAGAAAAUUAAUAUUACGCUUAAAGGGACUUUUCAAGGUUCUCAGGGAUCAAUAAAGUAUAAUGAAGCUAUUCCUUUUGAUGGAGCAAUUGGUUCCGUCAGUGAAUUCCGGGAUUUUUUGGAGAGGGGAUUACCUCAGCCAAUGUUAACAGUGGUAGAAUUCUUUAGUAUUGAUGAAGGAGGUUUCAGAUGGGGCCGCAGUUUUGCAACGGCAGGGUACUUUGCCAAAAUUUUACUUUUGACAUCUUUUUCGUUUUGGAUCCUAGCAAAUAUUAUGAUAAGCUGUGUGAUAUACUACGGUGGAGUGCUAUAUACAUUAACUGGCUUGACAAUGUUUUUAGCAUCAAUAGUUUAUCAUUGCAUGAUACCAACAGCAAAACUUCGAUUUUUCUGUUCAGAAAGUGAAUUUCAUCUUCAUUAUGGGAUAUGCUUUUGGUCAAUUCUAUUGAUGGGACUUUUGACAACCAUAGUUGGUUCCAUUAUUCUAAUCAUGGAUGCAAAAAUGCCCAAAACAAUACAGAAGUUUUUCUUGAUCGAGGCAUUUGACGAUACAGAAGAGGCAUAUGAAACGCAGAAAAACUCAAUAUGUUCUAUGUAUAAGAAGAACGAGUUAAAAAGACAAUCUUCUCCAGCCUUAGCAAACUUUCACAACAGUUCAACUGAUUUGUAUAGAGCAACUCUAUCUUCAGUUGAGGAAGACACUGAACAUAAACCACAGAUGAAACGGAGUUCUACAAAUCCUACUAAUCUCCGUAAUUCCUAUUCUUUAGAAUCUUUGCGUGCAUUUUCAGAAAAGAAUUCUUUCUCGGAAAUUUCCAAGGACGAAAAACAUUAUAAAUCCAACCCCUUAUUUGAGCAAAACGAGAAAACGGAACAACUUAAUACAGAUGUAUUUUCAAAGAAAAAAAUAAGUUCAAUACAAGGUCGACUACAAUCUGCAAUGUCUCUGGAGUCACUACCGUCUAUUCCUGACGAUAAAACGCUUUCGUUUGACUCUGGUAUGGAUAACGACGAAGGUGAAAACGUACAUACAAGUGAUCUGCAAGUUCUAAACACAAUAGAAAGUGACAGUGAUGACAAUGGCGACGAACAUAUUGACGUAUCUAUGUUCGAAACUCACUCACGAGAAAGAACACAAGCAAUUCAAUCAUCUUGUAAGACAGAAGAAAAACCUCAUAAUAAUAAAGUUUUUACAAUAAGUAUAGGAAAUGCUGAUGAGGAAGAGGAACGUCUCAAGGAAAUAUAUAUCGAUUUAACAUCUGCGUAUCCAUAAAAAAACAAGAACACGAUAAUUUAUCGACAAAACAAUCUUACUGGGCAAUUUCCUAAAUUUCCUGUGAGAGCCAGAUUGUACACAAAUAAAUUAACAGUUGAAAUCCGUCCUUGGAAGGUAGAUGCAAGAAAUAAAGGAGUAAAACAAUAUUUAUGUGAAGCCUGUUAAUGAAUCGUAUGGUACAAAUGUAGAUUAGAAUUAAAUUGGUUCGAUGUAUUAGAUGUAGACAUAAAAUCUGAACAUCAAAGUUUGGAGGUCGAAUCGAGAAAAUUAGAUCUAGUAAAUGCUUACGCCACCAUGCUUUUUGUUACGGACGAAUGUAAAGCUUACCAUUGUCUUUCAUAUUAUGAAAAUUUUCAAUUUGAAAUUGAAAAUAUGUUAUUUAUUAUUUUGUGAUUAAUGUGUGCCAAGCCUAUAUGUAAAUAAAACAGCAGAAUUAUGCAUGCUUUAAAUGAAUAAAAUUUUAUGAAUGAA